AUGAGCUUGGAACUCGAGAUGAUGUAUCAGUCUUUUCUUGAUAAUGAAGUGCCCCAGAUGUGGACCAACGUUGCUUAUCCAUCUAUGAAGGCCCUGGGCAGCUGGAUUCAAGACCUGAUUGCUCGCUGUUCAUUUCUGGAUACAUGGAUCAAGAAAGGGCAACCAGAAUCCUUUUGGUUACCAGGAUUCUUCUUUCCACAAGGUUUUCUGACUGGCACAUUACAGACUCAUGCCAGGAAAUACAAUUUGCCAAUUGAUCACCUCAGUUUCCAGUAUGCCAUUAUUCCAGAAUAUUACCAACAGUUAUCUUCUCCAGAUUCAACAGAAGAGACUGUUGAGUAUUCUUUUCUCACUCUCAAUUCUCUGCUCCACUUUUUACCCACUCUCUUGCAUUUCUGUUUCUCUUCUCUUUAUCUUAUUACUUCCACUAAUCAUUCACUGCCCACAAUGACUCUCUUUCUUUCGCUCACUCUCCUCUUGUUCCCACUUUCUCAUCUAAUUCAUCCUCUUCUUCUCUCCUAUUUCUCAUUCUUUUUCUCUUACCGCAUCUACUCUACUAAUCUGUUAUCCUUUCUCUCUCCUCACCCUUUUUGUUAUACUUGUCAUUCUCUUCAUCUUUCUCUUGUCUUUUCUGAUCAGUUGAUCAAGAAAAAAGUCAAGUGA